GUCAUUGUUAUCAAUUUGUCAAAGAAAGACGAAGCGACUUGCGAAAUAACGUCGUUUAAAAUUUCUUGAAACGCUAACGCUGUUGAGUUUAAUAUAUUUGUGCUGCAGGUCAAAAAAUAUUGCAGUAUAAUCGUUAGAUUUUAUAAUAUAAAAAUGGAGAGCGCGUCCGAUAUAAUAUCUUCGCUAUUGUGGUUUAAAGACGAUGAUUGUAAAGACGAAGAAAAUAAUGGACAAAUAAUAGAACAAUUUGUUCAAAACGUUGAGGAUUUUAGUUCCCAGUAUGGAAGUGAAAUUAGUGUUUCCUACACUGCUUUCAAUCUUCGUGGACCACCAUCGAACUUUCCUGACUACGGAGAUUAUCCGCAAGCGUUUGUUAUGAGAACCUAUGGGAAAUGGUGGGAUGAAGCACCAUCGGUACAGGAGGAGUACAUGCCGCAGAAUAGCCGUGCAAUUCCCAGUCAAGAUUAUGUUGAAGUAUCGUUCGAAAGAUCAGUAUACCCGUUGGAGGUGGCGAUAUUUGAGACCUACAAUCCUGGUGCGUUAGUUCGUAUCUGGGCAUUGGGUAAUGGCGAUUGGUUUCUACUGUGGGAAGGAGAGCCAGGGUAUGCCGGCGACAAACCAAGAAUAUUCAGUCCGCCUAUAAAACAAAUUAAUUUUCCGACAAGGAUUCUCCGUUUGGAGUUCAACCAUUGUCUCCUACCAUAUUACACGGAGUUAGACGCGGUUUUGCUUCGAGGGAAAGAACCAGCUAACGAGAGCAAGAUUAAGAACAACUUUGCCUACUCCAGUUUGUUUUAUAAGAAAACUCAACCACCAGCUCACAAUGGUCUACUCAAUAAAGUUAUGGCUUCGAAUCUCCACGAGAAAGUAGGUCCACCGAUGUUGGUGUCGCAGGAGGAGUUACUGAUUGACACGGGACCUCCGCUCGGUGACUUCCAAAGGUUACCGGACGAAACCAUCCUAACUAUAAUGAAGUACCUAGACAUGCAGUCCCUGAAUCGCUGCGCUCAAGUGAAUCAUCACUUCAAUAGACUUGCGUUGGACUCCAUUCUGUACCGGUGCAUCGAUCUACGACCUUAUUGGCAUUGCGUUAAGUCACAGGUUCUAGAUAUACUGUCGACGCGCUGCAAGUUUCUGCAGAAGUUUGAUCUGUCGUGGUGCGGCAGCCAUUGUAUGAUACAGUCUCAGUACGUUACAAAAUUCUUGAAACAAAACUGCACCGAAUUGACACACCUCAGGAUGAACUGCUGUGGGUUCGUCGAUAAUUCUGUGCUGAUGUCAAUUGCAGAUAGUUGCGCUUAUUUACAAGAGCUGUGCCUGCGUUCAGUGAUAUGUUGCUCGGACUGGUCGUGCCUGUCGGCGCUGCGCCAGCUGCGGCGGCUGGACUUGUACCGCACUUCCAUCGGUACGGCGGCCGCGGUGGCCGUGGUACGCGCGAACCCGCACCUCAGACACGUUAAUCUUGGGUCGUGUAAAAUGAUAUCGGUGAUGGACGAGGUGGCGCUGGCGCUGGGCGCCACCUGCCCGCAGCUCAUCUCCGCCGACUUCUGGAAGUCGUACUCCCUCACUGCGGCCGGCAUCGUCGCGCUCGGCAACUGCACCCUGCUGGAGGAGCUGGAUGUAGGCUGGUGCCUGCAGGCGGGCAACUCCGGCUCGUGGCUGUCGGCGCUGUGCGGCGGCGCGCUGCGCAAGCUGUUCCUGGGCGCGCUGCGCGGCGUCUGCGACCGCGACCUGCGCGCGCUGCUGCCGCGCGCGCCGCGGCUGCGCCAGCUCGACUUGCUCGGAGUCAGAGCUGUCUCGCCCGAUAUAUGCUCACAUAUUUUGGCGCAAUGUCAAGAACUAAGGCUACUAGAUGUAAGCUUCUGUGAUCAGAUAUUGGAGUCUCAGGUUAUUAAAUGGCGGCAGCAAUAUCCUAAUGUUAGUAUUAAAAGGUCCUUCCAAUCCGCGAACUUGAGCGCGCCGCCCAGCAACAUGUUCCUCGCGCCGAGUCUCGAAUGACAUAACGCGGAACUAUGCGAUAUGCUCGACAACCUCGCCAGUGUGAGGGAGACAGACUACUACGCUGCACUCAGGCGCACGCGUGCGAGGGAGACGGAACAUCGACGAGUGUGAACGACACGAGAGCGAGACAACCCUUAAAUGCAUGAUGCAUUUAUACAUCAGUCUUUUUUUUUCUAUUUUGAAAAAGCGUUUUUUUUAUCCAUGUUCAAUUUAAUACCCGUUUCAAUUUAUGGUAUUUAAAAAAUCAUGCAUGUAAGGGUUAAGAUAUAGACGACAUUUUUUUGAAAAGUAGUAUGUUGUAAAAUUUAGACUCAUGUCCUUGUAUAGACAUGUUCAUAUUUUACAUAACUGUAAUACAAAUUAACUGUU